ACAACCUCCCUAGAUACUCUCACUCAAAAUAUUUCAUCCUAAUUUUUUUUAAUUUUUUAUGAAUGAAUGAAUCAAUAUCAUAGAUAUAGAUAUACAUAAAUCUUUCUAUAUUUUUAUCACAGCAUAAACAUUUCAUCAUCACAAUCAUCCCCCAAAAAGCAGCCCUAAACAAACAUGUCAUCUUUUUCUUGCUUUUCCGAUCCCAACCCACUCAACUCCGACGACGACACUUCACCGCCGUCAUCCCCCACCGCCGCCGGAAAAUCUGAUUUUUCCGGCAGCUUCAAACAAACCAUCAACCGCCAUGUACAAAACGUUGCCACUUUUCUUGCCCCACCACCCCACCAACCUUUUUCAUCACCGGAUCAUCUUUCCGGUGAUGGGGUUUCCGGUGAUGGGUCACCGUCAUCUUCUUCUUUACAAGGUUUAAAAAAUGAUCUUGCGGAAAUUGGUGGCAGUUUUAAGAAUUUGUUAUCAUCACCCAAGAAAACUGUUACUGAGAUUACUAAAUUUGCUUCAAAUUUUCUUCAGUUUGAAAAAAAUGAUGAAAAUGAUGAUGAUGAUGAUGUUGGAAUUACUAAAGAUGUUGUCGAUUUUGUUAAGACGGUUUCGAAUCGGCCCGAAUGUUGGAUUGAGUUCCCAUUGUCUUUGCAAGAUAAAGAUUUCAAUAUGUCCCCUGCUCAGAAGGAUCACGCCUCAGCCAUUGAACAGUUGGUACCAAACCUUGCUUCUUUGAGGAACACAGUUCAGAAUGACGUGAGUGAAGAACACUUCUGGAUGAUCUAUUUCAUUCUAUUGCUUCCACGUUUAGAUGAGGAUGGCUAUCGGCUUCUAUCAACCCCAGAGGUUGUUCACGUGCGCGAGGUACUCCUGGAAAAACUCAGAAACAAGAAGAAUACACCCACAGGGAUUUCAGAGGACACUCCCAAUGAAACGGGUAGUCAAGUAAUCAAGAAUCCACUUCAUCAAGUAACUGGAACCUCUACUGAGACUGGCAAUGCAACAAAUAGGAUAAAAACCGAGAAUCGUGAGGAGGAUGAAUCUUUCAGUGAUGUUCAAAGUACCAGGCUUUCUUCAGCAAGUGAAAAUAGUGAUUGGGUCCGUCUUAGUGAAAGUUCGAAAACAAUUCGGUCAACUUAUCGUGAAAGACGUUCAGAAAGUGAAGAGUCAAGUGACUGGCAUGCUGUGGAGGAUGGUGAUCUUUAGGUUUAUGUUUGCAUAAAAUUGUUACUACAUAAUUGUGACUUUCCCUUCUUGGGCGUUCCAUAUUCUUCUGUGGAUUAUAAUAUCAUAGUAUGAUUUGGUCAAAUAGUCGGUAGAGCUUGUAAAUUGACAAUGUAAAUGAUAAAACCUACGCUCUGGGUUUAUAUCUUUCUAAUCAUUUGUUAGGUUAA